AUGAAGGGGAAAGGCGGGGCGAUGGACCGGAGGUCCUCCGCCAGGUGGAGGGUGCUGGUGCUCUGCGCAUUCAGCUUCGGCCUCGGCAUGCUCUUCACCGACCGGUUCUGGUCAGCACCGGAUACCAGUAACCAUAUCAUGGCUCAACGCCGGAGGCAAGAGCAAGAGCUCCAACUUGUAUCAGAGGAUUGCAACACAAAGAGGAAGCAUGGGGAAGACAAGGAUAUAAUGGGAGAGGUAACCAAAACCCAUGAAGCCAUACAAUCAUUGGAUAAGUCCAUCUCAACGCUGCAGAUGGAACUUGCCGCAAAGCGGAGCACACUUGAGCUGCUCCGAUCUAGUGGUUCACCAGUAACCUCUGAAACUAGCCAACCAAGGAAAAAGGCAUUUGUUGUCAUUGGAGUCAACACUGCAUUCAGCAGCCGCAAGCGCCGUGAUUCUGUCCGAGAGACAUGGAUGCCUCAAGGAGAAAAGCUGCAACAAUUAGAAGAACAGAAAGGAAUAGUUAUCCGCUUCACUAUCGGGCACAGUGCUACAUCCAACAGUAUACUGGACAAAGCUAUUGAUUCAGAGGACGCUCAGCAUCAUGACUUUCUUAGGCUGGACCAUGUUGAGGGAUAUCAUGAACUCUCAGCUAAGACAAAAAUAUUCUUCUCUACUGCUGUUGGCAUCUGGGAUGCUGACUUCUACGUCAAGGUUGAUGAUGAUGUGCAUGUAAACUUAGGAAUGCUUGCCACUACCCUUGCUCGGCAUAAAACGAAACCAAGAACUUAUAUUGGCUGCAUGAAGUCAGGCCCAGUUCUUGCUGAUAAGAAUGUGAAGUACCAUGAACCUGAGUACUGGAAAUUUGGGGAGGAAGGAAAUAAAUACUUCCGUCAUGCUACGGGGCAGAUAUAUGCCGUUUCGAAAGAUCUUGCGACUUAUAUUUCAAUCAAUCAGCCUAUCCUGCACAAAUAUGCAAAUGAAGACGUGUCGCUUGGAUCAUGGUUCAUUGGUUUGGAAGUUAAUCACGUUGAUGAAAGGAACAUGUGCUGUGGAACUCCACCAGAUUGUGAGUGGAAAGGGCAAGCUGGCAAUGUCUGUGUAGCAUCUUUCGAUUGGAGCUGCAGUGGUAUAUGCAAGUCUGUUGAGAGGAUCAAAGAUGUACAUGCUCGCUGCGGUGAAGGGGAUUCAGCAGUUUGGAGUGCUCUUAUCUAG